AUGUCUUCCUCCCACCACAAACACAGCCAACCUCACGUCAAACAUCCCUCCUUCGGCCACCUCGCCCUCAGCACCUCCGGCCCUCAAGACUGUGCCCUCACCGGCUCGGCCCUCCUCAACACGCCCUACUUCAACAAAGGCGCCGCCUUCCCUGCCGAGGAACGCAAGAAGUUCAAACUCACCGGGCUACUGCCACAGCACGUGAGCGAUUUGGAUACACAGGUCAGGAGGGCUUAUCAGCAGUAUUCAAGCCGCGGCGAUGAUUUGGCGAAGAACACCUUCAUGACGAGCUUGGCCGAGCAGAAUGCGGUGCUGUAUUACAGGCUCAUCAAAGACCACCUGAAAGAAAUGUUCUCGAUCAUUUACACGCCCACCGAAGGCGACGCCAUCCAAAACUACUCACGCCUCUUCCGUCGCCCUGAAGGCUGCUUCCUGAAUAUCAACGACGUCGAUCGCGUAUAUGAUGAUCUCGCACAGUGGGGUUCCGCAGAGGAUAUCGACUACAUUGUUGUUACUGAUGGCGAAGAGAUCCUCGGUAUCGGCGACCAAGGCGUAGGUGGUAUCCUCAUCUCAGUUGCCAAGCUCGUCCUCGCUACGCUCUGCGCUGGCAUUCACCCAAACCGCACCCUUCCCGUCAUUCUGGAUUGCGGAACCGACAAUGAGGAGUUGCUGAACGAUGAGUUGUAUCUUGGACUGAGGCAGAAGAGAGCUAGGGGCGAGGAAUACGACGACUUUGUGGACAGGUUCGUGCAAAGUGCCCGGAAGCUAUAUCCGAGGGCUUAUAUUCAUUUUGAGGAUUUUGGGUUGCCGAAUGCUCGUCGCAUCCUCGAUCGUUACCGACCCGAAAUUCCUUGCUUCAACGAUGAUGUGCAAGGGACUGGCUGCGUUACCCUCGCCGCGAUCAUGGCCGGGCUCCACGUCUCGAAUCUUAAGCUCUCAGACAUGCGCAUGGUCGUCUUCGGCUCCGGCACCGCAGGAACCGGCAUUGCCGACCAAGUCCGCGACGCCAUCGCCACCGACUCCAAUAUCUCGAAAGAAGAAGCCGCUAAACAAAUCUGGUGUGUCGACAAACCCGGCCUACUCCUGCAAUCUCACGGCGACAGACUCACCAAAGCCCAAAUCCCCUACGCGCGCCAGGACUCAGACUGGGAAAACAAACCGCAUUCCAAUCUUCUCGACGUGAUCAAGGAAGUCAAACCGCACGUCCUAAUCGGCACUUCUACCAAGCCUAAGGCCUUCACGGAGAAAAUCGUCAAGGAAAUGGCAUCGCACGUCGACCGUCCCAUUAUCUUUCCGUUGUCCAACCCAACCCGGCUCCACGAAGCCAGUCCGGAAGAUAUCAACCAGUGGUCCAAGGGCAAAGCACUCAUUGCAACCGGCUCCCCCUCCGCCCCCGUGCAGUACGAAGGCCGGCCGUACGAAGUGGCCGAAUGCAACAACAGCACCUGCUUCCCCGGCAUCGGCCUCGGCUGCGUGCUUUCGCGCUCCUCGCUCCUCUCGGACAAGAUGCUAGUAGCAGCGGUCAAAGCCCUCGCGGCGCAGUCCCCCGCGCUCAAGAAUCCAGACAAGGGUCUCCUUCCCGACGUCGAGAACGUCAGAGAGAUCUCGGUACGCAUCGCACGCGCGGUUAUCCAGCAGGCGGUGGCAGAGGGCUUGGCGACAGAGAAGGAUAUCCCGACUUGUGAGACGGAGCUCGAGGAAUGGAUUCGAGAGCAGAUGUGGGAUCCGGUGUACCGGCCGCUGCAUCUUGUCAAGAGCAAGGGCGCGACGAAGGCGGCGAAGGGAGAGGCGGGGAUGGCUGGGGGAAAAGGUGCAGAAUGA